CCUCUCUAUCUCUCCACACUGCAUUGCGGCUAGGGUUUCACCAAACCCUUCUCUCUUUCACUUAUCUUCCAAGAAAUUUGUGGGCUUAAUCGAUCUCGAAUUACAUAUCACGAUGAGGAAUCGGAAUUAGGGUUUUUAUCUGUUGCAAAGACUGAAACUUUUAUCAAAGGAGUGUAAGAAAGAAGAGGAAGAAAUGGCGACCGCGAACCCUUUUGAUUUGCUUGGAGAUGAUGACAACGAUGACCCAUCACAGCUUGUGCAGAAGAUCGUUGCUGCGCCGAUCAAGAAAGUUCAAGCCGCUGCUCCUGCCGGUAAAACGGCCGCUCAGCCGGCUAAGCCUUCGGCUAAGCUUCCCUCUAAGCCUCUUCCUCCAGCUCAGGCCGUGAAAGAAGCUCGAAAUGAAGGUGGGCGUGGAGGACGUGGUGGUGGUCGUGGGUAUGGGCGUGGCCGUGGUGGAGGAGGAUUUAAUAGAGAUUCUACCAACAAUGAGGGUUCAUUUGGUAACCGUGGAUUCUCUGGUGGUCAAGGUGGUAUUGAAGAGUCUGAUGCUGCUAAAUUGUCGGAGAGACGUGGUGGUUAUGGUGGUUCUCGUGGGGGGUUCCGUGGUGGGCGCCAUGUUUCUUUCGGUAAUGGAGAUGCUGAGGAUGGAGAACAUCCUCGUCGGCCUUAUGAACGCCGUAGUGGGACGGGGCGUGGGAAUGAGUUCAAACGUGAGGGAGCCGGUCGUGGGAACUGGGGAACUCAGGCUGAUGACAUCAAACAGGAGAUUGAUGAAGGGGUGACCGAAGGAGAAAAAACUGUGGCUACUGAUAAGCCCAGUGCUGAGGAGGAGGCAACAGAUGGGAAAAAGGAGAAUUCUGCAAAUGAACGCGUGGAGGAGCCUGAGAAUAAGGAGAUGACACUUGAAGAGUAUCAAAAAGUUCUGGAGGAGAAGAGGAAAGCUCUGGCGGCACUCAAGACUGAGGAAAGAAAGGUGGAAGUCGACAAAGAGCUCGCAUCCAUGCAGCAGCUCUCCAACAAGAAAAGCAGCGAUGACAUCUUCGUCAAAUUGGGUUCUGAUAAAGAUAAGCGCAAAGAGAUUGCUGAGCGAGAAGAGAGAGCUAAAAAGUCACUGAGCAUCAAUGAGUUCUUGAAACCUGCUGAGGGAGAACGAUAUUACACCCCAGGUGGUCGUGGCCGUGGCCGUGGCCCUAGAGGAGGUGGAGGUGGAGGUGGAGGUGGCGGCCGUUUUAACCAAGGCGGUGGUGGUUCAUCAAGCUAUGCACCGGAAGCUCCCAAAAUCGAAGAUCCCAGCCACUUCCCUACUUUAGGUGGUAAGUGAGAUUUCACCCCUUUCUGCCAUAUGAUCAAUUUUUAGUUCUAAAAAAUUUACAAAAAAUGGCGGGAAUACAAGAAGCAAGAAUAAUGGAAGUUUCAUACUUUCAUGUGUCGGAAAAAAGGGAUGGUAAAACUUGCCACGGUCUUAAAAUGUAAAUUUAUUGUGUUUUUCGUAUGCUCCUUCCUUGUACCUUUGUUUUUGGUUUUUUUCUUACUAGAAUGUGUUGCUGCGUUCGUUGUGUUGUUUUUGUUGUCGGGUUUUGUUAUGAAUUUAGAGAUUUUGGGGGCAUAUGGAGACCGAUUAAUUUGUGGUUUGAGACGCUUGUUUCUCAGUUUUGUUUUGGAAUAGAUUGAUGACGAUUUUUAGUCCU